AUGGUUGAUCACGUUACCGCUCGUCUGGCAGCCGCUUUGGCGAUCUCUGAAGAUGGCCGGACAUCCUUUGGUCCGGCUGGUGCUGCUGCUGUGUCUUCUCAUCACUUCGCGGUGGGGAGACUGCUCUCCGUUACGGCCAAUCGUCGGGCUGAUCCCAAGGCUUUCUUGGGGACUAUGACCUCCUUAUGGGGGCUUGGCAAUCGUCUCUCUGCACGAGCAGUCAAGGACCGAUUUGUCUUUCAAUUUUCAAACCCAGAGGAUCGUCAAAGGACGGUUGAGGGAGGGCCGUGGUUUUUUGGAAAGUGGGCGCUGGCUAUGGCUGAGUUCGAUGGUUUGAAAGAUCCGGCGCAAGUGCUGACCUCUUCUUUUCCAGUAUGGGUGGAGAUUAUGGGUCUACCGCCGGCCCUAGUUACUGAGGGCGCUGUGGCGCUCAUUGGCGCUACCUUAGGGGAGAUCGUGCAUCUGGAUAAAGCUGGGAUUCGUAAGGGCACGGCGGCUAGGGUUCGUAUCCGUCAUGUUUUGUCGUCUCCGGUGAAACAGGUUUUCCCUCCAUCCACCUUUGAUUUCACCUCUGCGGCAUCUGCGACGGUAAGGUUUCGCUAUGAGAGGCUCGUUGGAUUCUGCCGGGUCUGUGGUAUGAUGGAACAUCAGCGGUCGGGUUGCGGUGGCCCUCCGGCAGCGCUGCAGGUCUCCUUUGGCGCCAACCCUAACCCUAGCUUGGUGGGGUCUGCUGCUCCUAGUCUUGCAGAGGUUUUGGCUCAGUCCACAGCGCCUAAUCUGUUUACUUCCGUGGCAAAGUCGACUUCACUCCAGGGUUUCUCUGUCUCCGCUCUGGCGGCCUAA